UCCCGUGACCUCGCCUCUCACGCGAACUUGGCGAGUCUCUGGUUCGCCGUCAAAUCUAAAGCGGGAAGGUGCGUGGACUCUCGGGGAUUUGGGAGCCAUGUCGUUCGCUUACAAGUUCAGGUACAUCGUCGUCGGCGACACAGGAGUUGGGAAGUCAUGCCUCCUGCUGCAGUUCACCGACAAGCGGUUCCAGCCCGUGCACGACCUGACCAUCGGCGUCGAAUUUGGACAGCGGAUGGUCACCAUCGACAACAAGAAAAUAAAGCUUCAGAUCUGGGACACGGCAGGCCAGGAGGCUUUCAGGUCAAUCACUAAAUCCUACUACAGAAGUGCGGCCGCUGCUCUUCUUGUUUAUGACAUCACCAGGAGGGAGACCUUCAACCAUGUUGCGAGCUGGCUGGAAGAAAUGAGGGAGCAGGCGGACGGCAACAACAACAUCACCAUCAUGCUGGUCGGAAACAAGUCAGAUUUAGGUCAGAGGCGAGCCGUCAGCACGGAAGAGGGCGAGCAGUUCGCCAAGGAGAACGGCCUCGCCUUCAUGGAGACCUCGGCCAGAACCCGGCACAACGUGGAGGAGGCAUUCCUUCAAAGCUCGUCCAAUGUGUACGAGAAGAUCCAGGAAGGCGCCAUCGAUCUCUCCAAGUGUAGUGGUGUCACGCCCGGAGUUGAUGAAUUAUGCAACCUUGGCAGGGACACGCUGCCGUUUGGAGCCUACGGCUGCUGCAGCAGCUGAGCAAAUCUGUAGUAACUCCGUGCUUUGAACCUCGAGCAUAUAUAUGUUAGGCAAUCUGCAGCAGCUGACAGUUCAAAAUGAUGUACAACGUUUUACAGUAUCUUGCUCGUCUUUG